AUGUCUCAGAAACCCAUCUUCGUGGCGACUCACCCCCGAGCCUGCUCGACGGCUUUCGAACGAGUCUUUAUGACUCGUCGGGAUACUAUUCAGUGUAUUCACGAGCCAUUUGGCGAUGCCUUCUACUAUGGCCCCGAGAGAUUGGGCACCAGAUUUGCCAACGAUGAAAAGGCUCGUCUGGAGAGUGGCUUCAGCCAGUCCACGUAUCGGACUGUGAUGGAUAGAAUCGAGCGUGAAGCUUCCGAGGGCAAGAGAAUCUUCAUUAAAGACAUCAUCCACUAUCUUCUCCCUCCCAGUGGAAAACCCGCCAGCAUCGCGCCAUCCCUGAACAGAAUCAAGCGUGGCGUCGGAACGGGAAGCUCUGUGCCCGUAGACAACGCCUCGGUCGGAGGCAUGAACGGCAAUGGCGUCGCUCAUGAAUCCUCCGACCACCACCCGGACGGGGUCACCAACGGUGCGGGAAAGCAGCCGAAUGGCCACCAGGAAGAGGCGGUCGCAAAUGGGACACACGAGCAGCAGUCCAAGCAGACUGCCUCGUCACUCCCAUACGACACCCUGCCUGAGCCUGGCAACCCCACCGUGAUGCCCCUGUCCAUCCUCUCCCAGUUCCAUUUUGCCUUCCUCAUCCGCGACCCGCACUACAGCGUGCCGUCGUAUUUCCGCUGCACCAUCCCGCCGCUGGACGACGUCACGGGCUUCUAUUAUUACGACCCCGCCGAGGCCGGGUACGACGAGGUGCGACGCACCUUCGAUUACCUGCGCAGCGUGGGGCUCAUCGGUCCGCACAUCGCGACGAGGGAGGACGACGCCGACGAGCUAGACGGCAGCUCGAAGAAGCUGAAGCCGGUGGUCGGCGGUCUUGGGGCAGGCCAUGAAUCCGGAGCUGAGAUCUGCGUCGUCGACGCCGACGACAUGCUGGACAAGCCGGCUCCGAUGAUGGAAGCCUUCUGUCGCAGCGUCGGCAUCGAUUAUAGUCCCAGCAUGCUGGACUGGGACAACGAGGACGAUCAUCGAUUCGUGAGUGAGGCGUUCGAGAAGUGGAGGGGAUUCCAUAACGAUGCAAUCGAGUCGGGAGGGCUGGUGGCUAGAAAGCAUGCCCGCCCCGUCAAGACAGAAGAAGAGUUUGACGCCGACUGGACCAAGAAGUUUGGCCCCGAAGGCGCCGCCCAGAUUCGCAAAGCCGUGGAUCAGAACAUGGCAGACUACUUGUAUAUGAAGCAAUUUGCCAUGAAGGUGUAG